UUCCCUCAAGCACUCCGCCCAAAACACUCCUGCUCGUUUGCUUCUCCGGCGGCGGUAGGGCGGCGGCGACGAGGGAACCUGGUUUUGGGCCCGAUGCCUGUCGGAUGGCGGGCUCGGGUGGUCGGAUUGCGGCGAUUCCGGUUGCGGCAGGCGCGUCUACGGUGGCCCGGCCACGGCGGUCGUACCCUCCCACGAGCUCCUCACCAACCCCGGCAGUGAAGGUAUUAUACUGCCGGCGGCUUCUAUGUGAAGGCUGACAUGGUAGCAGUUUCCCACAAGCUCCCAACCCACCCCGGCAGUGAAGGUACAGCCUAAUUUAAUUGUGCAUUACUGUUAACAGAGUGGACUGGCAUAGAAUAAUUUUGUCUCCACAUUUUUGCGACUUGAGCUCGUCCUGAUUAAAAUUCAUAGUCCUACCCAGAUAAACUGAUAUCAGUCAGAUCUCAAAAUUGAAACUAAAGUUAGAAUACUCAAAGCCAACAUGAGCUGGGAUUGGCCAUGUGGACAGUGGAAGAGGCUGGACAAAAAUAUACUCUACUUGCGAUAGCAGCCCCCGAUGCACUAGGCUUCAAUGCCUUCUUGUUUGACCUUGUUUUACGAGCAAAUAAAUCCCCCGAUGAACUGGGCUUGAAUGCCCGCGUGCUUGCCCCCGGCAAGUGUGCAGCAAAAGAUUCAGCCUCCUGGAAUCAGCUGCUGCGUCAAAUUUGCUCGCUGUAAUCAAGGAAAAUGGCAACUAUUCCCCUUAUUAAUCUACCCACCCAGUUUUAAUUUCAGCGUCAAACAUAGUGGAUUGUGUUUUCCACAUAAUAUGUAAUUUCUGUUACUUCGACAGAAGAUUAAAAUCAGACCCAGCCAUCGCACCCCAUCUCAAAGUCAAAUUUAAGCUGGGAUUGGCCAUGUGGACAACUAAUCUCAGAGUCAUAUGCAAGCUGGAUGGAUGCAAACUUAACCACCUCAAGGCUUGAUUAAGUUGGUCAAGAAAUAAUGGUGGAAGACACCAAAUGGCAGGACAGAAAGUGCUAAUCUGUCCUCUAUCUUUACACCUAAUAUGUAAUUUAUCUCUCCACAUUUCCACAAAUUCAACAUGUCCCGGACUGAAGAUUAAAAUCAUACCCAGCUAAACUAAUUUCAAAGUCAGGACUUCAAAUUAAGUUAGUCAGGUUGUGUCGUCUUGUUACACACCCAGUUAAACUAAUCUCAAAGUUAAAUGCAAUCUGGAGGCGCAUGAAUGCAGAUCACCUUGAGGCUUUAAUUAUCUCCAACUAGCCUUUGGACCAUGGAAGAGACAACUAAUCUCAAAGUCAAAUUUAUGCUGGAGGCCAGCAUAUUCUACUGAUCAAUCAUCACUGUUUUCUAAUCAUCAGAGAUAUACUAUCUAGACUUAAGCAGUCUGUAUAUACUACCUCAAGUGUCUCUCCCUUCCUGCUGCGCCGACGGCCUCUGUGUGGAGGCCGACAUGGUCGCUGUCUCCCAUGAUCUCCCGACCAAGCCUGGCUGUGAAGGUACGGCCUAAUUUUAUUGUGCAUCGCUAACAUUAACAGAGUGAAUUGGCAUAGUAAUAAAUUUUGCCACGACAUUUUUGCCACUUGAGCUCAUCCUCGAUCAAACAAUUGAAACCAUACCCAGAUAAACUAAUUUCAACCCAUAUCAGGCCAUGUAAGGCCAAUAGUUGAGGUACCUGGAUCCAGACAAAACUCCAAACAUGCAAGAAUCUACCUCGAAGCAAGGUUUCUAUUGGUUAAUGCGUUCCACCCUAUUGAUGACAACUAAUGUUACUAAAAGCUUCCGGGAACUAGCAGACAAGCCAAUCAACAAGGAAAGCCUGUCAAGCAAGGAAGCCACCAAGAGUCAGAUCUCAAAACUGAAACAGAAGUUAGAAUACUCAAAGCCAACGUUAAUUGGGUUUGGCCAUUUUUUUUUUUGAUAAUUGUAUGCAUCUUCAAACAUGGCAGAACUAAGAACGCCAGAGGUAAUAAAAAGCACAAUCAAGUCUGUGGACCACCUAGCGACGGGUACAAACACUGGAGCAAGUCAGAGGGGUGCCACCGUCAUCGCCCCUUCCUCGCCGAAGCCGAGCAACCUUGUCGUAGUAGACAGUCGAAAAAUUGUCGUGCCAAGGUCCCUUAGGACCACCACAGCAAAGCAACCACCAUCACCGAUGAAGAAAGGUGUACGUCCGAAGGAUCAAACCUGUAAACACCCAAACAAAACCAGAUCCAAACAAAUCCACUGAAGAUCAACACCGACCGAAUCCCGCAAGAUCCGACGGACGCACACCUCCACACGCCCUCCAAAGACGUUAGACACACCAUUGGGACGGGAUAGAACAUGGGAGUUAUUAUUCAUAUUGAGGGACAUCAUCAAGACGUUUAACUGAAGAAGAACGAGAACGGGGUCUCUCCCGUCGGCGGGGGUUUGAUGUUCUCCACACCUUCCAUGGCCGAAAGGGCCGAAAGGCCAUUGGAGAUGGGACGGACCGGCGCCGAUGCCGAUGGGAGGAGGAGGAGGAAAGUCUGGGAUGUUUGAACACGAAAUUUGUAGAUCAACAUCGCACAAGUACUACCAUGUGUGGAAAAGUGUCCAGAUUUUUUGACGCAAAAUAAUUUUCUGUCCAGAUUCAUUCGAAAUUUAAAAUGUUAUCUUGUUUCAUAAAAAAAGGAAACAUUUUAUACCCUGAGUGACACUUGUGUAUAGUUAAUCCGCAAAGUUUCAAGGUAAAAUGUUAUCUUGUUUGAGAGAAACAAAAAGGCAAAAAUUCUAUAUAAUGAUAGCAUGAUUUUUGACGCAAACUGAAUGGUAUUGGUGCAGAGGGUAAAAAAAAUUAGAGCCAAUGACAAAUAGCGUCGAAACACAUAAAAUUGGUUGAAUACGCUUCCGUAUGGCGAAAGUGUACCGCGAAGGUGCGCUUCACUCGAGCACACUGUAAAAAAUCACUCCUGCUGGGCGCGAAGGUAGGGCGGCGGCGGCUUCCGAAGAUUAAAAAUCAUAGCCAGUUAAGCUAGCCUCAGGGUCAGAUCUCAAAAUUGGAACUGAAAUCAGAGUACCCAUGUGGAGAUUGGAGGAGGCAGGGCAAAAAUAUACUAAUACUACUUGAGAGUUGAGACGGCAGCCCCCGAUGCACUAGGCUUCAGUAGAUAUACUUGAGACGACGGACCCGAUGCACUAGGCUUCAAUGCUUGCCUGCUUCCCCCCGGAAGCAGUGCAGUAAAAGAUCCAGCCUCCUUGAAUCAGCUGCCGCGUCAAAUAUGCUCGCUGUAAUCAAGAAGCAAUACUUGUUUGUUUAACUUUAAUCAGGAGGAGAAGAAGGAAAAUGGCAACUUCACAUGAUGGAAUUGAUCCCCCUUAUUAAUCAACCUGCCCAAUUUUAUUGCCGUUAACAUAGUGGAUUGCAUUUUCCACAUAAUAUGUAAUUCAUGUUCCUUCCACCCAAGAUUAGAAUCGGAACCAGCCGUCCUGUUAGGCUGCUACCCAGCCAGCUAAACUAAUCACUCAAAGUCAAACACGACCUGGAUGCGUAUGAGUGCAGACCACCUCUUUGCUUAGUUAACUUGAUCCCCAACCCCAACUAGCCUUUGGACAAUGGAAGAGGCACCCCAUCCCCAUGUGGACAACUAAUCCUAAGAUUUAAAUUUAAGCUGUAUGGAAUAUGAAUGCGUCUGAAACUCUGAAUAAUGCAUACCACCUCCAGUCAGGUCCAGGCGUCCAGCCAUGUAGCUAAAUUACUUUGUUAGCAAGGACUCCGGCGCAUAAUUGUAGAUGGAGUCUUGUAGCUGUUUCCACAUAUAUAAUUGUAAUUUCUGUCCCCUCAACUGUAGAUUAAAAUCAGGCCGAGCUUGCGUUGCAUCUGUCAUAUAACUAAAAUUGGAAUAGUCAGGUUGUGCCGUCCUGUUUCACACCCAGUUAAACCAAUCUCAGAGUCAAAUGCUAGCUGGAUACGUAUGGAUGCCGACCACCUCCAAGCUUAAUUAAGCUGAUCGACAGCUAGCCUUCGGACCAUGGAAUGGAAGAGGCACCCCAUGUGGGCAAGACAACUAAUCUCAAAGUUAAAUGCAACCUGGAUGGAUGCAUAAUGCAAACCACAUCAAGGCUUAACUACUACUCCCUCCGUUCGGAAUUACUUGUCUCGGAAAUGGAUGUAUCUAGAACUAAAAUACGUCUAGAUACAUCCAUUUCUGCGACAAGUAAUUCCGAACGGAGGGAGUACCUGCCGACUGAUUAAUCAUCGCUCUUUUCUAAUCAUCAGAGAUUAUACUAUCUAGACUAAUGCGGUCAGUCUUCUAGCAUCUGUAUAUACCACGCAAUUGUGCAUAUACGAUGCUUGUUGGAUGCGCAAAAAAAAUCCUCUAGGCUUCAAUGCUUGCUUACCCCUUGCAACACUGUAGUAAAUUACUUGAUUGUUUAUUUAAUCAGCGUCGGGCAUGUAGCUAAAAUUUCUUUAUUAGGACUCCAGCAAACAUGAUGGUGCAGAGUCUUGUAAUGAAGAAGAAGAAAAAUGACAGCUUGAUAUAAGGCUUAUAGCUGGAAUCGAUUCCCCUUAUUAAUGAAACCUCUCUUAUCAGCUACUAGCUAGACUCACAUCUGCAAUUAGCACCACCACCUCCACAUCACAUCCAGGAAGCACAGCCAUGGAGGUGACGGCGGUGAGCGUGGGCAAGGCCGCCCUGGGCGGCGCACUGGGCUAUGCCAAGUCCAAGGCGGCGGAGGAAAUCGCCCUGCAGCUCGGUGUCGAGCGCGAUGUGUAUUUCAUCAAGGACGAGCUGCAGAUGAUGCAGUCGUUCCUGAUGACGGCUGAUGAGGAGCAAAGCCAGAACAAGGUGCUCACCACCUGGGUGAAACAGAUCGGGGUCCUGGCUUACAAAGUGGAGGACAGUCUGAUGGAUUUUGGCCUUCUCUCAGAGAAAAAGCCAUUUCUGGGGUGCAUCCCCCGCAACCCAGGUGAUCGACGCCGCAUCGCCAAGGAAGUGAAGGAGCUGAGAGCCAAGGUGGAAGACGUGAGCAACAGGAACCAGCGCUAUCGUCUCAUCAAGGAGAGCUCAGCCUCCAAGCCUUCAGCGACAGAGGAGCAAGCCAGCAUUGCUACUGCAUCAAUUUUUAGCACUAACGGAGCAGGGCUUGCCGCCUUGGAGCAUGGAAAAUCAUCAGUGGUGAACCUCCAGCAGCUGAUUACCAGCAACGAUGUGGACCUUAGGGUGAUUUCCGUGUGGGGAACUAGCGGUAAUCGUGGGAAGACGCCUGCCAUCCAGGAAGUUUAUGAUGACCCAAAGGUAUUGAAAAGGUUUGGAUUUUGUGCUUGGAUUAGUUUGAGAAGUCCUUUCAACCCACAGGAGUUCCUCCGGAGCUUGGUAAGGCAAUUUUAUGAAAAUUCCCAUGAUGAAGUUGGAAAGCCAGAACAAGAAACAAGUGUUGGGGCUAAUGUUCUGGCCAAGAUGGAGAAGAUGGAUCAAGGUGAUUUAGUCCGUGUGUUUAAUGCACAGUUGUGUAGCAAUAGCUACCUUGUUGUCAUUACCGACCUCUCCACAAUAGAAGAGUGGCAUUGCAUUAAGAAGUACUUUCCUGACAACAAGAGACAAAGUAGAAUCAUCGUUUCCACACAGCAAGAUGAAAUUGCAUGCUUGUGCACAGAGAAACCGUAUCAGAUGUCCAAGUUCAGGCAGUUGUCAUAUGAUCAAACUAUUUAUUUGUUCCACAAGAAGGUAAAUGUUUUUCCUGCAUGGUUUCUGUUAUUGACUUGUUAUUUUUAUAGAGAAGUAUUCCUGUGUCGGCGCUCUGGUGUCGUAUCCUUCCUGAAGGCGCCGCUUUGGAGCCCACGGUUCGUAUGCGGCUUCAUCUCUUCGCGGUGGUAGUGCUGGGGGUGGUGUUGCCGCGCUCAGCGCCGAUGUAUCUUGCCUUGGGUGUGUGCGUGUGUUGUGGUGGCGUGCGUUGUACUGGGAUGUGAAGAUCGUGCUUUAUAUAUAAAGCGGGGCGAAAACUUUUUUCGGUAGAUUUCUUAGUGGUCGCCUUUUUUGAAUUUAUUUUAGCUCUUCCGGUGAUAUGCGUUCAAUGAGAGGAGACGUUCACGUCGACGACCAAGACAUUUGUGGUGACUUUGUCAAUCUCAAGAUGUUGUGUUGGCUCAGUAUCUUGGAGGUGCUCAGUGAGGUAGAGUGUGCGUGCGUGUUCACAAGGUUGAGUGUAUGUGCAUGUAUGUAAGCAUCUGCAUUUGUACUGUGUUAAAAAAUUCUAUUAGGAAAAUCCUGUAAAAUUGACACUUUAUAGAGAAGUAUUCCUGUUAAGCAGUUGUUAGUAGAUUAAUUAUUUUUAGGAAAAAAUGUACUAAUAACAGCGUGACAAGAAUACCAUCUAUUUGAUGGUAUACAUAUUGUACUGCA